AUGUCCAACUUGUUUGAAGCCGCCCGCGAGCGGCUGAGCGGCUCCACCGCAAACGUGCCGGAAAGACUGAGGUCGUUUUCGGGCCAGGUUCCCACGUUGUCGCGGCUGGGGGCCACUGCAAACACCGUGCCAGUCAAUAGCGAUGGCGGCAGCAGCGGCAGUGUGAGCAGCGGCAGCUCGUCAGAAGCCGCUGGUAACGGCCUUGAAGGUGGUGAGAAAGUCAGCACCAGCCGGAGCUUUGCCUCUGGCACGGAUAUCAGCGCUGCGCACGCCCACAGGCUAGCUGCGGAUGUCACCGUCGGCAAUGGAAACGUGGGAGGUGGCCGUGAACGGUUGACGGACCGCGCUGGGCCCGGCCACAGCAGAGCUGUUGGCCCAGCUAAUGGAAGUGGUUCGGUUUCCGAGUCAUCACCUGGUCUGCUCACUUCAAACGAACGCGUCGUUCAUCACCACAAGCGAGGUGAGUCUGACACGCUGGCAGCAAUCGGAGCUACUUCCAGUAGUAUCGAUCGAAUUUAA